UGCCGCAGCCGCAGCCGCAGCCGCAGCCGCUGUUGCCGGUGAGGGGAGCUGAGGUGAGGUUAGGCAAGGGGCGUCGGCAGGCUGGCUGGACCGCGCCGGCGGUGCUAGGGGAGGAGGCGGGACCCGGGCCGCAGGCCGGCUCAGCAGGCGCCGAGGGAGAAGCCGGCGGCCUCAGCACCUUGCCUCCUCCUCCGCUCGGGCCCCGCCGUCGCGGGAAGCCGCCCAGCGCCUACCGAGAGCGAGACCCGGGCCCCGCCACGGCCCGGCCGGCCGGGCCAAUGCUCGACCUGGAGGUGGUGCCCGAGCGAUCGCUGGGCAACGAGCAAUGGGAGCUCACGCUGGGAAUGCCAUUGGCUCAGGCUGUAGCAAUUCUUCAGAAAUACUGUCGUGUCAUUAAAAAUGUCCAGGUUCUCUACAGUGAACAGGCCCCUCUUAGUCAUGACCUCAUCCUUAACCUGACUCAGGACGGAAUCAAACUACUGUUUGAUGCUUUCAAUCAGCGGCUAAAGGUAAUUGAAGUUUAUGACUUGACUAAAGUGAAGUUAAAAUAUUGUGGUGUCCAUUUUAACUCUCAGGCAAUAGCACCAACCAUUGAACAGAUUGAUCAGUCUUUUGGAGCAACUCAUCCAGGAGUGUACAACUCGGCUGAACAACUUUUCCACCUCAACUUUAGAGGAUUAUCUUUCUCUUUUCAAUUAGACUCAUGGACCGAAGCUCCAAAAUAUGAGCCUAAUUUUGCCCAUGGCUUGGCUUCUCUUCAGAUUCCCCAUGGAGCAACUGUGAAACGCAUGUAUAUUUACAAUGGAAAUAGCUUGCAAGACACCAGAGCCCCGGGCAUGCCCCUCAGCUGCUUCCUGGGAAAUGUAUAUGCAGAAAGUGUGGAUGUUUUGAGAGAUGGAACUGGACCCUCAGGUUUACGACUCCGCCUGCUUGCUGCAGGUUGUGGCCCAGGAGUAUUAGCUGAUGCUAAGAUGCGAGGAUUUGAACGCUCAGUGUACUUUGGAGAUUCGUGCCAAGAUGUUCUCAGUACGUUGGGCUCUCCACACAAGGUUUUUUACAAGUCAGAGGACAAGAUGAAAAUUCAUUCUCCUUCUCCUCAUAAGCAAGUUCCAUCAAAGUGUAAUGACUACUUCUUCAACUAUUUCACACUUGGGGUGGAUAUUCUCUUUGAUGCGAAUACACACAAAGUGAAGAAGUUUGUCCUGCACACCAAUUACCCUGGACAUUAUAACUUCAACAUCUAUCACCGCUGUGAGUUCAAGAUCCCUCUCACCAUCAAGAGAGAAAGUGCUGAUUGCCAGACUGAGACCUGCACAACCUAUAGCAAGUGGGACAGUAUCCAGGAUCUCCUUGGGCAUCCUGUGGAGAAGCCUGUUGUGCUUCACAGGUCAUCUUCACCAAAUAACACAAACCCAUUUGGAUCAACCUUUUGUUUUGGACUACAGAGAAUGAUCUUUGAGGUCAUGCAGAACAACCACAUAGCAUCAGUGACCCUGUAUGGCCCGCCCAAGCCCAGCACACACGUGAGGACGGCGGAGCUCCCGUGAAAGACUGCCCUCCUCCUGAGCCCUCUCCAGACCUGGCCAUACAGCGUGCCUUGACUUGCUGCCACUUGUAGCAGAGGGGGCACUGAGCGGGUUUUUCUUUCUUUUUACCCUCCUGGUGGCAGCACAGAGCAGGUAGCCCUCGACUCUUCCGAGACGUGGAAGCCGUGGUGAAGGAACUGAACUUAAUGGUCUGCGGGCUUUUCCUCCUGGCCUGGUCAGCCCAGCCCCCAGGGGCUGACUUCGUCUUCUUCCCUGGCAGGAAGGGAGGGGGCGGGCGGGCGGGGUGGCACAGCUGCUGAGGGCACAAAGUGACUGCAAAGAUUUAGAAGCACAAACUCUGAACUCUGAAGCAUCUGGACACAGGUGUCGGUUAGUCUGUGUGUUUGUGUGGCUGUGUUGAUGUAGUAGUCACAUUUGAGAAAGCAAAGCUAUAUCUUCUUAUAUAUAAAAACCUAUAUCUACAUAGAGAGAACAUAUACGGUCGUCCUGGGGCCCCACGGGACAAGUGUGCGUAUAUGUCCUGACUUCUGGCACCGUGUGAAUCUCUGUGUAACUUUCAAACUACAAGCAAGUCGCAUGUGCGUAUUACUUGAUUGUGACAUUUGCACUACAUCCACUUUACUGACUUGAUAACUAACUGCAUUAACCCUGAAGAGGCUCUUCUGUGGCUUGGACUGGCUGGCAGCCAGGUCAGGAUUCCACUUAGAUUUGCUUCAAAGCUUAGAUAGAAACACAUCCUGAAGAGCGAGUGAUCCCGUUGUUUCCGCUUCCCCCUCCCCGUGGAAGCCGUCAUUGCCAGAGCGGUGCAUCUUUUCCAUUGGUCCCCUUUUCUCUUUCGGUCUAAGCCCACCCUGCCCCUGGACAGUCUCCUCAAUGGUACUGGGACAACCUGGGGCCCUAGAGCUCGAGCCCCUACUGCUAAGGAGGGGAAAGGGGAAGAGCAAGGCGCUGCCCCCUCCUGGGCAUGUUUGCAUCCUUCCAUUCCUUCUGCAUCUUUUAUUUAAUGCCAAAGUUUUCGCCAAAGACAUCCUCUUCCUCUGUUACAUUUCAGCAUUCUGUAUAGUUUGUUCCCCUAACCCUGUCUGAACAGGUCUCUAACCCAAGGAUACUGACAUACUCUUCCAGCUGGGCCGGGGAGGCUGGGUCAGGGAGUUGGAACCCCCUGUACAGGUCUCUUUGGGGAAAGUAGAGUCUCUGAAAAUAACCCUUUUUAGGAGAGAAAAAACAAAUUGACAAGAAAUGUAUAAUUUUAUCCCAUUUUUAAUAUUUUGAUGUAGCAACUUGUGAUACAUAGAAAAUUUUGUGAGGUUUUUCAAAUGUGUGUACAGAUUUUUGUAAAUAAGACAUUUUUGUAACUUUAA